AUGCCAAUUUAUAUGCGUUUAGCCGAACAAUUAUGUCCACACACAUGCGCAAUGUGUUGCAAAACAAGAAAGUUCAAUUGCAGAGAUGUGGGCCAAUGCGAAAAUUUUACGCAGGAAAUGUGCAGAACGCCUUAUCUUAGUAAAAUAGCAUUCGAAUUUUGCCCACAUACAUGCGGACUUUGUGAUCUCCCUGGUGCUGGUGGUGAAUGUCCAGAUAGUAUUGAUGGUUGCGAAAGCUUGAGGGGAUUUUGUCAACUUGAUUCGAUUCGAAAUAUUUGCCAGAGAACCUGUUUUUCACGCGCUUCUUCGCAAUCCAGUGGCUGCACUGAUGCACACGUUGAUUGUCAGUCAUAUCGGCACCUUUGCAACAUCGGUGACUAUGGAAUUGUGAUGAGAACACAAUGCAGGCGAACUUGUGGUCAUUGCAUUCCUUAUUAA